ACUUCCUUUACGACUACUGCUGCAAUACCGCAAGGAAAUAUUGUUAGACAUAAAUAAAGAUGAGAGUUGAGAAAUGUUUUUUCUGUUCGUCUCCUAUGUAUCCAGGACACGGUAUUCAUUUCGUUCGAAAUGAUAGUAAGGUUAGUUAUUUAUUUUUAUAUUUUCAAGAUCGUCUACGACCUAUGACAACAAAAAAGCAAAUCGACGCUCGACCAUUCAUACUUUAAUUAUAAUAAUUUAAUAAUACUUUAAUAAUUAAUAAAUAAAUUAUUAAAUAAUUGAUCAUUCAAAAUCAUGGAUACUGGAUAAUAUUUACUAUACUAUUCUCAUAUUCUCAAAUCAUUAUUAAAUUAAAAAUGUCUACACUAACAAUAACUAAAACUGUCAAGCCAAUACCACAGCUUGCUAAUUCAAUGCUAUAAUAGGUAAUUAUUUGGGUAUCGAAGUCUCCAAGUCAAUGUAGUACUAGUAGUAGUCAUACAUCAUCAUUACAUGGCUGCCGCUAUUCGGACCCGGGUUUCAAGAAUGACAAGAGUGAGACUCAGCGGUUGACAGGUUGGGUUUAUUAAAAAUAUUAUUGCACUUCACUCAAUAUAAAUUAAUAUCUAUAGCAAAUACACGUCUGCAAAACAUAUUUUUACAGCAGAUUGCAAUAUAAUCGUCGCUCAUCUACUUAUAGAAGUUACCAUUUUUGACACCCAAUGUGAGUAGUUUGUGUAUAAUUAUAUAUACUCAACUGUAUAGUACGAUUAUAGGAGUUUGAGUGUAAACAGUACUGCCCCAGUAGUGUUUAUAUUCUGGUAGAUGAUGAAUGCCAAACAUCCCAUUAAUUUUAAAAAAAAACAACUUCAUGUCCAUACUGCCAACUCUUCAUAAGUCUCUGCGACGUAUGAACAAAAAUAAUAACACUGUUCCAAAUAAAAUUAUAAGCUAGGCCUAAGUCUACAUUAGAAACAAUUGUACAACACCAACAAAUACUUCUUAUUCAGACCAGUCAUAUGUAUCUAAAUCUUAUUUAUUUUCUGGUUCAUCUGGGACAUCACGAUGUUGAACUAUUUCAGUAUCAACAUCACUUCAUUUACAUUGAAAUUGGUGUAUUUUUACCGCUUGAUUUGGGCAUAACAUGCUUGAGUGUAUGGGCUUUAAAAACCUUUAAAGUUAAAAUUAGGGCAUUAGGCACACUGUGCUUGAAUGCUCCAACUAUAUUCCAUAAGUGUAGACUAGACUGCAAAGAGCUAAAUUGUUUCCACCUAUUGUCUUAAUGUACGACCUAUGACCAUGCUAUAAAAGAAUUAGAUAAUUUUCAGCUUUAAUUUUAGAAAUUUUAUUACUAACAAUAUUGACAAAUGUAUUUUGAGAGUUGACAAUAUUGGUCUAAAAAAAAUAAUUACCGUAAGUGAUACUACUGAUUAACGUUCUUCUUACAGAUAUUCAGAUUUUGUCGCUCAAAAUGUCACAAAGCCUUCCAAAAGAAACGUAACCCACGUAAGGCACGCUGGACCAAAGCAUUUAGAAAAGCAGCAGGCAAAGAGCUUACAGUUGAUGCAUCAUUAGAAUUUGAAAAGAGAAGAAAUGAACCAGUCAAAUACAAUAAGGAACUCUGGCAAAACACACGUUAGUUUUCCUUUACUAUCUUAGAUCUAUCUCCAAUGUCUUUACUAUAAUAUUAAUCAGGCUAAAGUUAUCCUUCAGCUAAAAUGUUCAAAUAUACUAUUUAUUGAUUUUUUAAAACUUUCCAAUCAAUUUUCUACAACUACACGCAAGCCUUCUUCAUCUUAUGCUAUUAUGUCUGAAUUUUCAGGGGAAAGUUCAUGUGUUAUAUUUGAAUAAAAAGACACCAUACUGCACUAAUUUAUCUGAAUAAUGUUCUAGUCUUAGGAGGAGAGGGCGGGAUAUGUUAAAUUUUUUAUCCAAAACACACAAUCAUGUUUAAAAUGCCUUAUUCAAUAUUCACUACAAUAGCUCAGUUUAAUAAUUACCCUAGUUGAAAGUAAAAGGUUGUUUCUGAAAUACUCUUAUUACAAAUGUUAUUAACUUCUUAAAUCUCUGUCCUUAUAGUGAAAGCUAUGAAAAGAAUUGAAGAAAUUAAAGCCAGAAGACAGAGUCAUUUUAUUGCCAACAGGUAAGAUGCAUCUUGAAUACGGGUACUAAGAGUAGUGCAGCAUCAAUGGUAUCAGACACUUGGACAAAACUUAACAAAUCUUAACAUAUUCUUAUCUCUGCUAUUUAUGCUAGUUAGUAAUAGUGUACUGCUUUAGUCAUUUUAUUUAUCUCUUCUGUUAGAUUAAAGAAAGGUAAAGAGCUCAGAAAAGAAGCAGACAGAAAGGAAGUGGAAAAGAAUAUUCAUCUCAUCAAGUCCCCAGCAGGUGAGUUGAGAUGUUGGCAUAUUUUAAAAUCCUAUGUUUUGUGUUAGAUUUAGAUUUGUUUAGAAAAACUCAGUACCUUACAGUUACAGACUGGAUGACCUAAUAUUUGUCAUUGCAUUUAUUUAUUUAUUUUCCCUAUUCUUAACUUCAUCCAUUCUAAUUGUUUUCAGCUGGUCUCAAACAAAAGAAACAAAUGGUCGAAAUUGUCACGGAGAGAGAUGUGGAGGAGAUGGAAUCCAAUUGAUUACAUGUGUCAGGAAAAGAGGGGAAAAGUUUUGAGUGAUACUAUCAUGAAAACAUUUUUUUAUUUUAAAGAAUAAAUAAUUUUCACCUAAAUCCCUUUUUUUGUUUUUGUAUUUGGAUGAAAUGAAAAACAGUGCAUGCUCAUUAAAUUUGUCUAUACCUGUGAAUAAUAGAUGCAAAAUUCUUAAAUUAAAUCAAUUUAUAAAUU